UAGCACUUGGCAACGUAAUGGCGGCGGCUGUCAACUGAAAACAUAAAAAUGACAGGAUUGAAUUAUAAUGAAAUUUUUUAAUUUCAGAAAGCGGCCUCACCGUAAAGAUGUUACACCAGUAUAGAGUAAUAUUUUUCUUGGGGAUCAUCGGACUCGUUCUCAGCGAUUUGAAUAGUGCUCCAAAAGAUAAUGGCUCAUUGGAAUUGAAAAAGACGCGGCCUCAUCGACGUGCAUCAGAAGGAGCACCAGCUGAUUCUCAAUCUCAACAAGACCAAUCAGAUAAUGAAUUAUGCACAAGCGACGGAAAAUCGAUCCAAAAAAAGCCCAGUCUUGGUUCUGCCAGCAAAAAUGUAAGAAACCUAUCACCAGCUCUAGAUCUUCCGAAUAAUAGGCCUACCCGAAAACAAGGAAAUAAAUUUCGCAUUAAGAGAUCUGGAGAGGAAGGUAAGAAAAAGAGAAGGAAAAGGAAAAGGGGGAAGAAGAAGAGAAAGAAGAUGAAAGGAGGGAAGAAGAAAAAGAAAAUGAAGCAGAAAAAUGGAAAGAAAGAAAAGCCAAAUGAGAGCAUGAUGGAAAAGGCAGUGGAUAGCGUGGUUGAAAAAGCAAAGGAAGGAGAAGAGGUAAUUAAAGGCAUGAUGGGCACGCCAAAGAAACACAAAAAGGAAAAAGGAAAGAAGAGUAAAGCGGAAAAGGGAACAAAAGAAACGAAAGGAAAGAAGAGUGAAGAGGGAAAAGGAAAGGAGGGUAAAGCGGAAAAGGGAAAAAAGGAAACCAAAGGAAAGAAACAGACUGUGAAAGUAGAAAUAUCCCAUGCUGGUUCUAAAAAGAAAGAUGAUUGGACCCCUGUUGAUAUUUCUUCUUCAAAGAAAGGCAGUUCUAAACCCAGUGCAGGUCAGAAAUCUGAUAAAGUUAAAAUAAAGGUAGCAGGAAAAGGUGUACCACAUUCAGCAUCAACUACUAACAUGCCCAUUUUAUCAUUGCUAUUAUUUACUUUUUUUUGUCAUCAAUUCUUUAACUAUCUUGUAUAAAAACAAAUAAAAAAAAAUGUCUUUUCUGU